CUUGCCCAAAGACCCAAGGGGGAAACAACGGUCCCUUAAAAAGGUAAGAGAGGACAUGGCAACGACAUUUGAGCAAAGAGAAUGAAGGGCUAAAACCGCUUCCGAAGAUUUUGACUCGCUGUUCUCGCCGUGGUCGACGGUUUCGUCUCCGCCCCAUUACAAAAGACGCAAAUCCAACUCCCCAUUUCGCCUCUCUUUCUCUCUCUGCGGAAAUUCUUUCUUCCUUGCUCUCCGGGGAUUGGAUUCAGAUCCAUUCUUCGGCCGAAGGAUUCCACCGACACCCGCCAACAGAUCGGAAAUGGCGGUGGUUUCCCCAUUGGCCAAAUACAAGCUGGUGUUCUUGGGCGACCAAUCCGUGGGCAAGACCAGCAUCAUCACGCGCUUCAUGUACGACAAGUUCGAUGCCACCUACCAGGCUACCAUUGGCAUUGAUUUUCUGUCAAAAACAAUGUACCUUGAAGAUCGAACCGUUCGUUUGCAACUUUGGGACACUGCUGGGCAAGAGAGAUUUAGGAGUCUCAUUCCGAGCUACAUUAGAGAUUCUUCUGUUGCUGUAAUUGUCUACGAUGUAUCUAAUCGACAGUCGUUCCUGAACACUUCUAAGUGGAUUGAAGAAGUACGCACAGAGAGAGGCAGUGAUGUCAUUAUUGUUCUUGUUGGGAACAAAACCGAUCUUGUCGAUAAAAGGCAAGUAUCUACAGAGGAAGGAGAAGCACGAUCAAAUGAAUUUGGAGUCAUGUUUAUAGAAACCAGUGCAAAAGCAGGAUUCAAUAUUAAGCCUCUAUUCCGUAAGAUCGCUGCUGCCUUGCCAGGGAUGGAAAAUCUAUCAUCUACGAAACAGGACGACAUGGUUGAUGUGAACCUAAAGCCCACCGCCAAUUCGUCCCAGGCGGAGCAGCAAGGAGGUUGCUCCUGCUAGAUAAUGCAUUUGUGUAGAAGAUAAAUAGGAUGAGGCACGGACACAGUUUUUCCUGAGAAUCCCCAUACGUGCUACCCAUUUUUUAAACUGAGAUGCGAUUGCUGCUUUUUGGUCAAGAUGCUGGCAGUAGCACAGGUCGCUUUGGAGUUUACAUACAGCAAAGCAUGGAUGGUUCUCCUCCAACCUACUAACCUUCCAGUUUGUCCAUGUCUUCUGCUAUUCUCACUACUGUUAUUUAAAAUUUUUGUCUCGAGUUACAUACACAAGCACUUGUAUUCAGUUCUCAUAAAUCUGUUAACAGGAACUCCUUUUUUCAUUGAAAAAAAAAUAUCUUGUGAUCAA